AUGUCGGCCGACUUCUGGGCCGGCUACCUUAGCGGCGCCAUAGGCAUCAUCAUUGGCAAUCCCCUCGACAUCGUCAAGGUCCGCCUGCAGGCCGCGGCGGGCAGGGCGCCUGCGCCUGUGCCUGCGCCAUUGCGCGCGUCGCCGUCGUCGCCCCUGCUUCCGACCGCUUCUCCCAGUCUCUUCUCGCGACUGCGCCCCGCCGCCGCCCUCUCCACGGGCACCGCCGCACCCAUACUUGGUUACGGGGCCCUCAACGCCCUGCUCUUCGUCUCAUACAACCGCUCCGAGGCUGCCAUCAACCGCCUCAUGUCGACACGAGACAGUCUGUGGGCAACCUGGCUUGCCGGCGCCGUGGGAGGGCUGUCCACUUGGGUCGUCAGCACACCGACCGAGCUCGUCAAAUGCCGCGCUCAGGUCUCUACGCCGGAAGCCUCCAGCUGGGCUGUUGCCCGUCACAUCUGGAAUGCUGGUGGCAUACGCGGCUUCUACUUCGGCGGCUUGGUCACAGCCCUGCGCGACAGCAUUGGCUACGGCUUUUACUUCUGGUCCUACGAGCUGGCCACCCGCUGCUGGCCAUCAUCGCCCGACACCUCCCACAGCCCCUCUCGGGUCCUUCUUUGCGGCGGCUUGGCCGGCAUUGUCACCUGGGCCAGCAUCUUCCCACUCGAUGUCAUCAAGACACGUCUCCAGACCCAGUCCUGGGGUCCUGAAGGCCCUCCCCUGCGUCGUGCGAAACGGCUGGGCGCUUUGGCUGUCGCUCGGGAUGCGUUCAGGCAGGGCGGCCUGCCCAUCUUCUUCCGCGGCAUCGCCGUCUGCAGUAUCAGAGCCUUCGUCGUCAACGCAGUCCAGUGGGCUGUCUACGAGUGGGCGAUGAGGGAGAUGGGCGGUGGACGCGAGCCGCUGAUCAAUCCCACGGCUGUUGUGCUGGAGUAA